GUGUGUGUGUGUGAGUGUGUGUGUGGCAGUUAGCGAAAUUUCCUUUUGCACAAAGCUAGCAUGCAUGCAUGCAAUUAAUGUGAGUUAGCACGAAUACAUGCACAAGUUUUAUUUUAUGUUGGUCAGUACCGACAAUACCUAGUUUAUCUGGGGUCACGUGACAAGACAAUAUACUCCCGUGAUUAUUGCUGUCAGGGUCUCGAGCACUUUUUUUUAUAGCUUUGCACUAAAUAGUAAGCUUAUGGGGUGUUGUUAUUGCUCACAAAUUCAGACAGAUGCCCAGAUUUCUUAUGUAGUUGCACAGCAAAUGUUGCAUGAAUGAGAAGAAUGGCUCAGAGCUUCUUAAUACGGAGGUUCAUGCAAUAUUCAGCUCCUGAUUCUGACCUGUAGCCUGGGUGUAGCAUCACAUUGGUUCGGGGUGCGAUUUCCUGAUCGACGCGAUUUGGGGGUUUAUUGAAAAUGCUGAGUGUUUUUUUUUCUUCCUUUUUUUGUGUUUUGUAGCGGAAAAGAGAAACAAAAGACCGCGCGCGCACACCUACACCCGAGACUCGGGAUUCUCCAUUCAGCGCCGCUCGCGCGCUUUGUUGAGGCGUGCAUUCUUUUUUUUUCUUUUUUUUGCGUGUGUGCUUAUUUAUUGAUUUUUUUGCAGCAGCAGAUUUUCCUCGUGCACGGUGCACCAACACUUCUUCUCCAAUCGCCUGAAAAAAACAUGAGUGGGUCUGAAUGGAGGCUGUGACGCGUGCAGCUGCUCUGACGGCGCAGAGCCGACGAUGGCGCGUGCUCUCUCUGUGCUUGAUAACGCUGGUCUCCAUGGCGAUCUCAGAUCUCCCAGCUCAAGACUUGUCGUUGUUGGAUUCCAACACAGCAAAGCAAUCUCUGACAGAAGUGCCACAGAAUACAGCUUCCCCCAUCCCCUUACUAUACACUUCCUAUCAAGCCUUGGGACAGUUCAGUGACAUUCAUAGGACAUUUUCCAUCUUGCCUAACACUGAAUCUCCCAAACCCUCAGAGUAUUACUACAGCCACACGGUCAACACUGUAUAUGGCUCAGCAUCCAUGCCUCCUCCAAGCUCUGUCCCCAAACCCCCAGAACCUCUCUCUGGCCCUGUCAUACUUUCAGGUGUCCAACUGUCACAGACAUCAUCAAAUUUCCCUUCAGCUGGGCUGGAUUCUUUUUUAGAACCUCCAUUUCCAUCAUCUGAAUUACAAGCUGAAAGAAUCAGCAAUAGCACUAGUACAUCUGGAAAGCAUAAAGAACUUUCUAAUCAACUAGUUCUUAGUCAUGAUUUCAAUAUCCAAAAUGAUGCUGCCCUAGAUGAUCAGUUAUAUCCAAGUCAUACCAUGUUUGGAACCUUUCAUGUGACAUCAUCUUUCACAGAACCAACUAUGGGUCCACCAGAGGUUUACUAUCCAACUAACACUAUGGAUGUCGACUAUGGUUCUGGUUCAGGGGAUUACUUGGAAACAAUGUCCUACCUGGGAUCUGAGGGAGAUGAUUACUCUUUGGUCACCAAUUUUCCAUCUGACAUGUAUGACUUUGAGGACUCAAACUCUGAAUCUUAUGAUACAUCUUUUCCUACAAGGGCAAUGAUUCCUUUGUAUACAAGAUACCUCUCUCCCAGUUCCUUAACAACUUUCCCUAGUAGACAUAUUACCAUGAAUUCUAGCACGGCCUUCAGUGUUACAUCAAAUUCAACCAGUACUCUCCAAGUACCCAAUAGUGAAAUGACAAAUGUAAUGAUCUCUAGAUUUUCUACCUUACCCAGUAUUUCCAACAGUCCCACCCAUAUAUCCAGCACUAUUUACUUAGGUGUCGAAGCCAUUCAUCCUACAGCAGUACAUUCCAGCAUCUCGUUACAUCAGAGUGAUAUAGUCAGUGAUACCUCAGAGAUAUAUACUAACUGGCCUGACGUUACCAUCGAGCCCAGUGAUGUUCUUCUGCCUGAUAUGAAUAGUCUUGAGUACUACAACAUUCAGCUCACCAAAAACAAUGAAAGCUUGACAGAACAAAGGGGCAACCAGACCACUUCAAAACAUUUUUCCCUUCCAGUGUCAAUAAGCACGACCAGCACCUACACUGUUCCAGCCAGUCACAUGUUCACAGUAAUGUAUGGAGAGGACCUGCAGAACAUGGACCCCUCCUGGCCUGAAGAAUCCUCAACAGACCUCUCAGGACUUAAUUUGUCCAACACUACUGUCUUAGAUUUGUCAGACAUAAGACCUAGUCUAAUGAAUGCUACAUUUCCAUUUUUGUACUCAUCAGCAUUAACUCCGUCUAUGGACUUUUCAAAUUCCCUCUGGGAUCUGGCAGCAACUACCGACUGGAUUAGCACAGAAUCUAUCUCCUCUUCCAUAUCUUUUACUUCAGUGCUUUUCCCACAUACUGAUCCAGUGGAGUCGGAUGUCAUGUUCCUAAAUUCCACAAACACACACUGGUCUAUCAAUUCUACUGUCCCUGAGACCUCACACCCUACAUCAUCACUCAUCGAUAACGUGUUCACCCAGACACAUAACGUCUCUGAAGUGCCCACUGAGUCGUCCCUCAACAUCACCUCUGUCCUUUCUGUAACCGAGAUGGCUGACCAAGGUUUCACCGGAGCAGGAAGCUCUUUUAAUCCGGUUACAGAUGAUGAAAUGACGACAGUCAGCAAGCCAGCAGACUUCACUCCUUCAGUAUUAAACAAUGAGACAACUAUGUCUGCCCCAGGUGCAACAACUGAGGUGUUUAAUGCCACAACUUUGCUUACAACCCCUUCAGUGACAACUCUUCAGACUUCUACUCUUCUAACAACGACUAUCCGAGAGUACCUCUGCAACCUUACCAAACCUGAUACCUACUUAGUGCGAGUUGGUUUUCCAUUCGGCUCCACAGCUGGUUACGCCAAAGCAAAAGUCAGAGAGAUCCUCAAAGCCGAAUUCAAUCGAUCGGUUGAACUGCAGGUGGUGAAAUCCCCUCCAGACUUUGUGUUUCGGGCUGUGUCUGGUCCUGUUGUCUACACAGCCAUAUCGGUUAUGAACGCUCUGAGACGAUUUGCAUUCACAUCUGACACCAUUCUUAGUGUUUCCCCGAUCAGUCCUGUACCAGGCCUGCAGUACCACAUCCACUCGGUGCUUCAGUUUGUGCCCAUUCAUGUAGACAUGCACGUGUGCACAUUCAUCGAACACAUCGAAAGAGGCCUAAUUUACGCUUUCGCCGAAGUGCGCCGCCGUUUCAAGGAGUCGACCGACUUUUCUGUGAACAUAUUGAACAUCACCAUGAGCUCUGUGGCACCAGCACAGAGACAGCUGCGGGGGCCCUUGGACAUCACCUUUGUGGUACGUGAUGCUCGAGGGUAUAUACUAGGGUCUGAGGUCAGCAGUCACCUGAGGCAUCUCAGUGUGGUGGAGUUUAGCUAUUAUCUGGGAUACCCUGUUCAGCAGAUCGCAGAACCAUAUCACUACCCUGAGCUAAACACCACCCAGUUGCUACGUUCUUCAUGGGUUAAGACAGUUUUGCUGGGGGUGAUGGAGCAUGAUGUGAGUGACAGGAUUUUCCAGGCAAAGAUGGAGAGAAGAUUAGCUCUGCUGCUUGGAGAGGGGCUUUCGGCUGGCCGACGCCUUAAAAGAGCCACCAGUGUGGGCAAUAACAGUGUACAGAUUGUGCAGAUCACUCGCCUAGAAGAACAGGAUAACCCUCUGGAGAUGAUCUACUUUGUGGAAGGUGUUAACAGUGAAAGGCUGCCUGCUGUCACCACCGCAAACCUGCUCAACAGGCUGGAUGUGCAGCACGCGGCCAUCUUGCUGGGAUACCGCAUCCAGGGAAUUCUGGCGCAACCUGUGGAGAAGCAGGCAUUGCCAUCUGAGACAGAGAAUACCAACACAUGGAUUAUUGUAGGAGUAGUGGUGCCCGUGCUGGUGGUGAUGAUCAUCAUAAGCAUACUGUACUGGAAACUGUGCCGCACGGACAAACUGGAGUUUCAACCAGACACCAUGAGCACUGUCCAACAGAGGCAGAAGCUGCAGACUCCCAGUGUGAAGGGUUUUGACUUUGCCAAGCUGCACCUGGGCCAGCACAGUAAGGAUGACCUCAGGGUGAUUCAGGAACCUCUCCCGGCACCGGCUCCAGCUAAAGAGCCGAACGCCAACGAGAACACCGGAGCCUCAACACCCAAAAAUUCCAAAGGCUCCUCCACCAAGGCUUCCUGUAACAGCCAGCACAGAAAAUCACAGAUCUCUCCUUCCGACGGUGAUUCGUUGGGAAGUGAGCCAUUCAGCGAGAGGGAGUCUCCGAAAGCGAACCCGAGACAAGCCGGACUGUCCAGUGAUCCCAAGCAACCUCGGAGAAAUAAAAUUGGUCCUCCUACACUGAAUGUUGCAGAUGAACAGGUAUCAUCGGCAUCCAUUUUUGAACAUGUGGACCGGAUGUCCCGUUCUGCAGACGGUGCCAACAAGCGCUUCUCCAGCAAAAUUCAGCUGAUCGCCAUGCAGCCCAUGCCGGCUCUGCCGUUACCCUGCCCUGCAGUCGACACCAAGGCUGCAGACAACAGCAAGAUAAACAAGGAGAUCCAGGUUGCACUGAGACAGAAGUCUGAGAUUGAGCACCAUCGUAAUAAGAUUCGUCUCAGGGCUAAAAGGAAGGGCCACUAUGACUUCCCCGCCAUGGACAACCUCAUGGACAGCCUUGGGGACGCCAAAGAGCAGGACCGCAUCUACCAGAAAGCUCAAAUGCAGAUUGAUAAGAUCUUGGACCCGGAUAGCCGCGUACCCCCCCUUUACACCGAGCCCAGGAAAAGAGAAAAGCGUUCUCCUAAGCAGAGAAAGAAGCAGCAGAUAAAUGGAGAUCUGACAGACGCAGACAGAGACAGACUUCUCACUAAUGACAGUGACGGCACGUACAAGAAAUACCCAGGAGUAAACAAUGUAGCAUAUGUGUCCGAUCCUGACCAGGGCCCUGAAGCGCAAAGUCCAUCACCAAGCGACGAUGUCUUUCUGAGCUCAAUGUCACCCCCUGCUGGCCUUGUUGCCCCCCCUCCACCUUACCUGCCCCCUCAGCCCUCUAUUGAGGAGGCACGGCAACAAAUGCACUCGCUUCUUGAUGAUGCUUUUGCCCUGGUGUCUCCCACUUCACAGGCCGCCAACGCGGGCAUCACGCUGCCUGGGUUGGGGGUCAGGAAUGAACCCACAGCUCUUUCCAGCCCUCCGUCACGUGGGCCCAGACCCUGCGGGCCUUCAUAUCCUGCUCUCAGUCCCUUUUCCGGGAGAUAUUCUGAUUUAGGCCUGUCACCUUCAACAGUACAAGGCUUAACGCACAGGCAGGGUUUGGGAGGUGGAUACAAUCAAGGAGAAGGAGUCAGUGGGGAGCAGCUGCAAUCUGAGGGGCUCUACAACAGCAGAGGAGGCUAUAUUGAUGAACUGCCUUCUUCUGCCAGGCCUCGGCCAGUAGGGGGCACAACAGGUGCUCAGCUACACCACAUGACACAGAUGGGUUUGUCAGGUCGUGUAAAUGAAGCCAGGCAACUUGGUGCCUUAAACUGGGGACAUUAUCAUGAAGAGGACUUCAGGCCUGUGAACAGAGAUCCGGUUCUCAACUCUUUCGACUACCCCCUCGUCUCUAUGUUCCAGACCCCCAGGAGCGGAAUGAGAGAGCCGUCCGCCCCCCCUGCCCACCUGGACACAAUGGGCCUGGGUUUCUCUCCGUCUGCUCCCCCCGAGGACUCCAUCCCCCCCAGCCAUUCCUCCGCCUCUCUCAUCAAGGCCAUCCGCGAAGAGCUGAUGCGCCUUUCCCAGAAGCAAGCGGCCCCCGCGGGCUACCACAGCUGAGAUCUGCUUCCUCCUGACACCCCGCCAGCAAUACUGCACUGUACUUCCUAUGGAAGUGGUUUUUGAGCAGGAAGCCCAAAGAAGAAGUGUGCUUGAAAAAGUCAAACUUUCUGAAAUUAGUAGUUCACUGGCAGCCAAAGCUUAACCUGAUGUCAGUGCUAAGCAUUGUAUUUGAGUGAAAUGCCCAUCAUUUAGACUCUUUAAUAUUCACAUCCUGACCCCAUUUUUUUUUUUUAAGCACAGAUGGACAAAAACACGCACUGUAUUGUGAACGAUGAACAACACUGUCUUAGAUUCAGUACUGGAUUUCUUUUCUAAGUUGUUUGGUUGUUUUUACACUGAAAGUGUUUACCUUAACUGAGGUGUCAUGGCAACCCAGACAUUUGUGGUAGCAAUUAACUGUUGUACUGUCUUUUUGCAAUGACUGGGGAGAAGGCAGCCAAAACCUCACCACCACACAUUCCUUAAGACGUUCGCUGUCAGAAGUGGUGACUGUGUAUGUUUUUUUUAUUAUAUAAUUAAUAUAAUCUUUCACAAUCUUUCACAAAAGUAUUUUCUCGGGUGGACUUUCAUCACUGAAAAUCGUAAGGUUUGCUCUGUGUUAGAUUUUAACCAGCAACCCUUGCUUUACUGUGCACUAUUUUACAAAAUUUGUAGUAGCAGUAGUAUUUUUUCCUAAUAAUCUUCUGCUUUUUUUUCCUUAAUCCAUCAUUUCCAGAGUAUUUUCUGUCUGUAUACCACACAUUACCUUUAGCUGUAAAGGAAAAUAGCUGUUUGUCCAUACAAAUCACAGAAUAUAGGCAUAGACUUCUAAAGGUUUAAAUUGCAUAUACAGUGUUAGAAGAACCAAACUUUAUACCCAACAACUACAAUAUUUUUUAGACAGUUAGACUUUGCAGAACAUAAGAUCUCACUUUGCUUUGCUGUACAGCUUGUAUUACUACACCAGACCACCUUUUUUUUUUUUUACAUUACAUAGUGUUUCUACAAUGCAUGUUGAACUAACAUUUUUCCAUUUUCACUACGAGAGUAACACUAAUAUCCUGUCAAGUUUACAAAAUAUUACAGGCAUGAUGGCGACAACUUGUGCCCAGCGUUUACCUGCAUGAUCUGUGCCACCUUUCAGCAGUGGAUCUGAUCCAAAAUCACCACAAAGCCUGGCAUUGAUCAUUACUUUUGUAUAGCCUGCAAUGAAGAUGAAGAAAGUGGUUGUGGCAACCGUGUUUUACCUGUUUUGUUUUUUUUUCCAGUCAGGUUGAUUUUAGCUUGCCAGGACAACUUUGUCUGUGUAAGCACGAUAGUGUAUUUGCAGGCAAACCACUGAGCCAUAAAACUCUAGAAAUGGACGAUAGUACUAACGCUGUGCGAUCUUUUAAAAGAUUUUCCUCUCGCUUGGUUUCCUCUCGCUUUCUCUUUUCUCUGGCUGCUAGGGGUCGCCAAGCAGAUCAUACGUCUCUAUACCACUCUGUCCUCUACAUCAGCCUCUUUCAUAUUACCCACCUGCAUGUCUUCCCUUAACACAUCCAUAAACCACCUCCUUGGUCUUCCUCUUUUCCUCCUUCCUGGCAGCUUCAUCCUCAGCAUUCUUCUAUCGAUAUACCCCAUGUUCCUCCUCUGCACAUGACCAAACCAUCUCACCUCUCUUACCUUGACUCCAAAACUUUGAACCUGCGCUGUUGAAGGACCUGUAAUGGAAAAAAAACCUGAAUCCAGAUACAGUACUGUAGUUUUUGUGUGAUUGAAGAGCUUCUUUAUUUUAAAGGUUGAAUUUGUUUGUUACCUGAGAUUCCAAUUCUUGUCACAGCAAUAUACAUUAAAAAUGUUUUGGGUUUUUGCUGUUUUUUUACAUGAUUUUUCUACUAUUACUUAGUGCUGAAAGAUACAAAACUUAAGAUAAAUCAUGUGCACAGUUUUCUUAGUGCAUUGUCAGAAAAUGACAAUGGUAUGAAUGGUAUUUCAUCAAAUGAGGCAACGUCCUGUAAGUGGCUCUUAAACGAUUUUGUUUCCAAAUCGAACAAAAUGCAAAAGUCAUUUGUGUUGAGGGCCAAAGUUUUGCCAUAUUUAAGUGUUAUUGAUUGUUUUUCUGACUGAUGCAGUGUUUGGAACAUCCUUCCAGUGUUGUUUUGCAAAACUAGCAGUAUAUUCCAUCACAGUAUAUUUAUUAUUCGCAUACUAUUACCAUUAAAUUGUCAUUAAUAAACUGACUGUACAUUUUGCCCUUCAUUGUAUUUGAAUAUAUGGAAUGGCUGAGUACUGUAUUUGGCAAUGUUGAGUCUCAGACAAGCUCAGUCUCCGGUACUAACCGUCACCUCUUACGUUGAUCUGUUUUGUGCUCGGAUAUGUGUUCAUGAUUUUUUCAAAACUUGUACAAAUUCUGUAUUAAAGUGGCGAAACUAGAGUACUGUUUUGACUGGUCAGUUUAUGGAGAAAAAAAAACAGUUUAUGUUUCUGAUUUAUGUUUCAUUUAUGGUUUCUGCCUUGUAUUUUUUGUUGAAUUUGUUUGUUUCAAUGGAAUUCCCUUUAUCUGUAAUUAAGUUUCCUUAUUUAAAUAAAAUGUUUCAGUUUGUUGCUUUGA